AGUCUCAACAAAAAGGACCCCCAAAAAACUCAUUUGAAAACCUCCAAACAAUCCCCAUUGUUUAGUCCUUUGCUUUUUUGACACAAAUCCCAUCUCUGAAAAAAAGGGUGUAUAUUUUGUCUCUCUCUAAGAUUCUACAGAGAGAGGACACGCCAUGGAUGUGAGGAAAAUAGUUGUCGUUGUAGAAGACGUUGAUGUAUCAAGGAAAGCACUCCAAUGGAGUCUCCACAAUUUGCUCCGUUACGGUGAUUUGUUGACCCUCCUUCACGUCUUCACCGCCACUAAAUCCACGAACAAAAAGAAAGCCAGGCUGCUUCGUUUACAAGGCUACCAAUUGGCUCUUUCUUUCAAGGAAAUUUGUAACUCCAAUUUCUUUAAUACGAAUAUCGAGAUGGUUGUGACGGAAGGGGAUCAGGAAGGGAGGAAGAUUGUGGCUAUGGUGCGUGAGAUUGGAGCUUCUGUCCUCGUUGUUGGUCUUCAUCACCAGAGUUUUCUUUACAGGUUGGCAUUGGGCCAAGACAACAUAGCAAACAGCUUGAGCUGCAGGGUACUUGCCAUCAAACAACCAGAAUUGUCACCACCACCACCAUUGAGGGCCAAGACCAGAGAAAGGCUACCACCACUUGACAGUUCAACUACCAUGGACUUUUCCCAAAUUGAAAUUUCUGGUUUGCAUGUGCCUGAUAUUCCUCCACCAAAAAUCCCAUAUAGAAUCUGUCCAAGCCCUUCUGCAAUUAUUUGGAGACCAAGAGGGUCAAGGAAAAAAAAGAGCUGUUCAAAUGGAGGAGCUUGAUGUUUAAACAUAGAUUAUUUUAUUGUUAUUAUCGUAAAUUGCACAUAGUUUGUGAGCUAAUCCUUUUAGCAUUUGAGUUUGUUUUUACACAAUACACCCCCAAAAAAAAUAACAGUGGAAAUUGACAUCA